AUGGCUGAGCAAUUCGAAACCUCGCCUCGGGUCUUCCGAGACCCCAUCCACCACUACAUGUCGUUCAGCCCACUCGCGUGCCGGAUGAUUAAUACGAAACACAUGCAACGUCUACGCCACAUCAAGCAGCUCGGCGGCUCGUAUUUUGUCUGGCCCGGCGCCUCGCACAACCGAUUCGAGCACUCCCUCGGCGUAGGCUUUGUCGCCCGACGCAUGGCCGACCGCUUGCGCCUCGCGCAGCCUGAGCUGGGCAUCACACUCGCGCACGUCCGGUGCGUCGAGCUCGCGGGGCUGUGCCAUGACCUCGGGCACGGCCCAUUUUCGCACUUGUGGGACGGGUUGUAUAUGCCGCGUGCGCAGAGGCCAGCGCCAGGCGAGAAGGAGUGGACGCACGAGGAGGCAUCGGAGCUCAUGUUUGAGCAUAUGCUCGCUAUGUAUGGGAUCGACAUGGAGGAGUGGGAGAGGGAGGGGGUUAUGGCGCUUAUCGCGGGAGAUAAGGAACGGUGCGAGCUAGGGAGAAAAAUGCCGUUCCUGUUCGAUAUCGUGUCGAACAAGCGGAAUGGGAUCGAUGUCGACAAAUUCGACUACAUCAUGCGAGACUCGCACGCCAUCGACGAGCCCAUCAACCUCUCCCUCGACAGACUCGUAGACUCAGCACGAGUCAUCGGCGACCAAAUUGCUUACGACGCCGCAGAUGCCUGGCAGCUGCACGAGGUCUGCCGGAGGCGGUUCGACCAGCACCGCAGAAUGUGCAAUCACGAGACUACGCGAGCCGUGGAAUACAUGAUCGUUGACGCACUCCUAGCAGCUGAACCACAUAUGCGGCUUGCAGAGCGUGCGGCAAAUCCUGAGAAAUAUCUGUAUCUAACAGACGAUGUGCUGUGUCAGGUUGAGGCGUCCGAGAGUCCUGAACUCGCACCAGCACGAGAUAUCAUUGAGCGUAUCCACACAAGCGACCUCUACACAUCAGUCAUCGAGCACACCUUUGGCUGGGAGAUGGAAAACCAAGUCAUCCAGGCUAUCACUCCACAAAACAUCUAUGAGGUUCACAAGCCCCAAAGGAACGGCCGAAGCAUUACUCCUGAGGACAUCGUCGUCCAUGUCGCGCUUCUGCACUGCGGCAUGAAAGAGCGCGACCCGCUCGAGCUCGUCAAGUUUUAUAACACGGCGUCUUCCUCUACAACGAACUACCUCCGCCCUGCAGCACAUGCAGAAGUACUGCUGCGUGUAUACGCCCGCCGAACUGGCGUCGUGAAUGAGAUAGCAGCCGCGACUGCUGCGCUCAUCGCAGAGAUCGAGAACCGUCACAACGCGGGCCUCGUCAGCACAUCUAACAACAAUGAUGUUUACAAAGCACCUAACGGCUUGCGGGAGGCGCCUACUGAGGUGUCGGUGCCGUUGCCACCGCUUACACCACCUAUGGAGAUGGAUGAGGAGCUACCGAUGCUUGCCGCUGGGGGACACAAGAUGAAACGGAGAAGCGGUCGCAUCCGCUGGAGCAGUAUCGGUAUUCCUGACGCUUCGGGUGGCAUCACGAAGCUUCCGGGAAGCGGCGGCGGGUUAAGCUAA